AUGUCUGUGUCCAUUACCUCGACCGAUGGACCGCCGCAUGCUCGCAAGCCGCUGGCAAGUCAGAGGAGCGCCGGCGGCGAUAUGUCCAUCACGUUCUUCGUUCAACCCGGCUGUCCUUCGAGAUUUGCCUCGUCAGACCAGCAUCGCGUCAAGGGCCUGAAUGCAGAGACCAUCGCGAGGGUCAUCCUCCCGGCCCCUCCAUGGCUCACGGCUCCGGAUUACUUACCGUUGCGUACCGAUCCUGCCGAUCCGUCUCCCUCCAUCUUCUUCAGCCUCAACUUGUCCAUAUACAAUCAACAGAUUGUUCCUGAAGACUGGUUCGACCAGUGGUUUUUCAUGGCAGGUCGUGUCCACCCAUUUGCGCUGACCUGGGAGGUCGAGCGUCAAGAUGGUCUGGAGGAGUCUGUGGAUAGCGGUCUCCUUGCAUACACCAUCCCAGCUCUUAUCGUGCGCGACCAAGGCUAUCAACCGAUAUUGCCUCGGAGUCUAUCUGCGGCCGAUCAGUUUCCUCUUUCAUCCCCAAUUGUCAGUUUUACCGGCCCUGUCGUCGGUCCGGGCCACGCCCUCCUCCGAAAGGAAUCUGUGCCCACGCUGGACAAUGUCCAGCUCAAGUGUUGCGGCUUCGUUCAGCUGAUCACAUUCCUUGCCCCCGGUAAUCCUGAUAAGACCCCGUUUAGAGGCUUCCAUCCCUUCCAAGUCUUUGUCAUCUUCCCGAUCCGGGCGAAUCCGUGGGCCUCGCUUUGCAAGAAGAUGGCCGAGAGGCGAGACACUCAGUUCCAGAGCAAUGUUUUGCUGACCUGUACCGGCAAGGUGGCCGGCCUGCUUGGCCAUCUUCUCAUGGUGCAGCCGCCGACCCUCGAGCAGGACUACGUCUUCAUCGUCGUUCCGGACUCCUGGACCUUUCUCGACAAGGGAGUUUCCGGGCCUGGCUCACCAACGCCGCCGCCGGGUGCUGCGACAUCAGCGGUCCGUUCAUCAUCUUCUAACCAUACGCCGUUCGAGGAGAUCAAGGCCAAAUUCACAGCGCGCAGACCUGCUGCCCCGCCGACUCCUCUUCCCGCUUCAACGCCGACUCCAGCUUCGACCCCGGGCGAAUCGAUGUCAUCUGUCAUCUCAACACCUUCUACAGAGUACCACUACCUCUCCACCUCGCCGACGCCGAAGCGACCAGCUUCACGCGUCGAUUACACACCGCCGGCAAAGAGACCGCGCCAGCCGCCGAUGUCCCCGAUCACUAUCCCUUCCUCGGGAACACAUCUUUCGGCCGGCAGCUCGAGCUCACAGGAAACUGUUGACGAGCCCGAACCAAGCUGUGCCGGGAAUCAGACCCCCACUGCGUCCUUCAUGAGGCCCCUGGUGCCAGCAACUCAUCUACCUGCACCUACACCCGUCCUUGACACGAUCACGGCUGCUGUGUCGGAAUCCUCCAACCGCCCGAGCCGGAACCGCCAUCCUCCAAAGAACAAAUAUUUGGAAGAAGUAUCCAAAGUUUGA